GCGGCGGGGAGGGCCGGCGGGCGAGGCCUGCGCCCCGCGUGGAACCGGCCCCCUGGCGAGGGGCGGCCCCGCCAGGACUGGCCUACUAGAUUUGGCACAGAGAGUUACACCUCUAAGACUGCCAUUUUGCAACCUACAGUUCCUUCUCUUUCUGCUUGUAUCAAAUUAAUCAGGUACAAGUUAGAGAAAGCUUCCAACAUCUGAACAGAUGAAGAUCAAUUGAUAAAUCAACCCAGCGAUUCACCACACUUUUAAGCAGCGGAAAGAAUGUCGGUCCGGGCCGCGGGUGACGUCAGAAGGGAGCAGCGCAGCGCGGCGGCGGCCAGGCAGCGGCAGCGGCGGCCCCGCCACGGCGAAGGAGGCGGAGGCGGAGGAGGCGGGAGCGGCGCCGGCCCCGCCGCCACCGCAGCGGCAAUGGCGGCUGUCGGGGAGCGCAGGUCCCUGCCCAGCCCCGAGGCGAUGCUGGGGCAGCCCUGGAGCCAUUGGGUCGAUGCUGCUAAACUUCACGGGAACGACGGAACAGCAUUAGAAGAAAGUUUCAAGGAAUAUGGAAGAAACCGAGAUGCAAUGCGACUUUGCCGAGAAGAUAUGCCAAUAUUUGGUCUUUGCCCGGCUCAUGAUGAUUUCUAUUUGGUGAUGUGUAACCACUGUAAUCAGGUCGUAAAACCACAGGCAUUUCAAUCACAUUAUGAAAGAAGACACAGCUCCUCCAGCAAGCCGCCUUUGACUCCUCCCACCUCUUCAGUAUUUUCCCUCAUUUCAUCUUUCCCUUCAAAAAACAAAGGUAGCAGUGGAAGUGGGAGCAAUCGUUCAUCCAGUGGAGGUACUACUAGUGCAUCAUCAUCAAAUUCCAAGUUGUUGAAAUCACCCAAAGACAAACUGCAGAUCAGCGGAAACAACAGGUUAAUGCAUUCGGUACAGCACAGCAAAGUUCCCCAUGACAAACUUAUGACUCCAUCUGUCAAAGUGGAAAAGAUUCAUCCAAAGAUAGAUGGUGCCCAACUGAAAGCUGCUGUUGGUCCAACUUGUUCUACUACUGUGAGUUCCUCAAUAAAGACUGGCCUUAAUUGUCCCUCAAUACCAAAGCCACCCUUGCCUUCCCCUGGACAGAUACUGAAUGGUAAAGGUCUUCUCUCUGUGCCUCCAUUUUUGGAAAAGAAACCUGAAGAAAACACAAAUAACAGGAAAUUUUUACAUAAAAGAUUGUCAGAGAGAGAAUUUGAUCCUGAUAUAUACUGUGGUGUCAUUGAUGUGGAAACCAGGAAACCUUGUACUAGGUCUUUGACAUGCAAGACACAUUCCUUAACCCAGCGGAGGGCUGUACAGGGUCGAAGAAAACGAUUUGAUGUGUUACUAGCCGAGCACAAAAGCAAAACCAGGGAAAAGGAACUUCUUCGACAUUCGGAUCAUCAUCAGCAGAUGCCCCCUCUCAGGGAACCACAUCCCUCACCUACUAAAACUUCCCAGGAGCUGCACCAAAAUUCUCAUGGAGUUACUCUUACAGAAACAAAGCCUUUAUUACCUAACAAACCCAAACCUCACCCCCCCAGUCUUCCAAGGCCUCCAGGCUGUCCAGCCCAGCACAGUGGAAAUGCCCCUAGUGAGUCUCCUUCUGUCCAUGAGUCCCCACACCCUCCCUUGCCUGCAGCUGAGCCAGCAUCUCGGUUAUCCAGUGAUGAGGGAGAAUGUGAUGAAAAAGAAGAGCCUGUUGAAAAACUGGAUUGUCAUUAUUCAGGUCAUCAUCCUCAACCAGUCGCUUUUUGCACAUUUGGUAGUCGGCAAAUUGGAAGAGGCUAUUACGUGUUUGACAAGCGGUGGAACCGUGUUCGAUGUGCACUUGACACCAUGCUGGAGAAGCAUCUGAAUUCACAGAUGUGGAAAAAAAUUCCUCCAGCGUCUAGCAACACAACAUCAGUUCGUGCACCACAUCGGACAAACUCGGUGCCUGCUUCACAGUAUGGUGUCAGUGCAGCAGGUUUCCUCCUGCCUGCCACGGUGAUGUCAUCGCCAGCAUUGGUAUCUCCUUCCUGUGUGUCUCUGAAUAACAAAUCGGUACCAUCACAUGGAACGACACUAAAUGCCAAUCCUGCCACUUUGGGUGCAGUGGAUCCUGUCUGCAGUAUGCAAUCAAGACAAGUGUCUUCGUCCCCUUCAACACCUACAGUGCUUUCCUCUGUACCUUCACCUAUGCCCAGCAAACCUCAGAAAAUGAAAUCCAGCAAAUCUUUUAAACCUAAGGAAUCUUCUGCUGGCAGUGGCACCUGUAACAGCACCGGCAGCGUCAGUAGCAGCGGCGGCUCAGGAAAGAAGCGUAAAAACAGUUCCGCACUGCUAGCACCUUCUCAUUCCACAGAGUCCUUUAGAAAAAACUGUGUGGUUAACUCUGGAAACUCUGGGACCUCUUACCAUCCAUCGGUGACAGCUUCGUCCCACAGUGUUGGCCUCAACUGUAUGACUAGCAAAGCUAACUCUGUUAGUCUCAAACAUGACCAAUCAGGGAGGGGUCCUCCGACUGGAAGCCCUGCAGAAUCGAUAAAGAGAAUGAGUGUGAUGAUGAACAGCAGCGACUCCACGCUCUCCUUAGGGCCGUUUGUUCAUCAGUCCAGCGAGCUGACUGUCAAUUCACACAGCAGUUUUUCCCAUUCACAUACUUCCCUUGACAAAUUAAUAGGAAAGAAAAGAAAGUGCUCACCUGGUUCAAGCAGCAUAAACAGCAGCAGCAACAGCAGCAAAUCAAACAAAGUUGCCAAAUUGACAUCGGUGAACAAUGUUCAUGCAAAACACACUGGUGCAAUCCCAGGGACACAAGGACUGAUGAACAAUUCUCUUUUUCAUCAGCCAAAGGCACGUCCCUGAUAGCUGAAUGCACCGUGGUGAGAAACAAACUGGACAAUUUUCACUACAAGCAAAACCUCCAUCUGGAUUUCUGGACUCCAAGAUGCCUUGAGUUUUCCCAACUUCCCAUGGUCCUCAGGUGUGGAAAUCUACUGGACUGUCACUUAAACAAGGAAUUUCCCUGAAGCCAUGUCUGUAGCAGCGACUAUAUUAGAAAUGGACACUGGAUGAAGUUCAGCCACAUAAUUGCUCUUAUCAGUGUUAACGGUGGUCUGGACUGUUUGCUACGAAUCUGUGAGAUUUUACUUACAGGAGUACAUCAUCUUGCCACUAUUUGACAUAGAUUGGCUGGGCAAAGGAAUGUUUUCUGGGGGAAAAUAAACGUUACUGUGGACUUAUUUUUAUACUGAUGGUGUCUUUUAUAGGUGAUAGCUAACCAGACAGACACCCUCAAUGGAGAGGACCCCGCGACAAGGGGGAAAAACAAAUAAAUGUGAGGCACAAUGGAAAGAAGCCCUCAAGAAGGGAAUAUGGCUUUAGUGUUUUUAUAGCAAACGUUCCUUUAAUGGAAUAUAAAAAUAGCACAAUUCAAAAAAAUAGUUUGUGUUUUGCCCAGCCUUUUGCAAGUAAUUUGGGAUAAGAAGCUAUCAGGAGUUUAAAACAACAACAACAACAAC